AUGUGCAGCUACCCCAACUUCACCACCCCCAUCGACUUCAACGGCCCCAAGAAGGUCACAGACAAGUCCAAGGAGACAUACUGGCCUCAGCUCGCCUCCCAUAUCGACAACGACGCGGUUGAGUUCAAGGACCUUGCUCUGAACUGCAGCAUGUGUCUUGAGGAUAUCACUGUCUUUCCUCAUGAACACGUCGAGGACAACAAUGAAGAAACCCACCAGGGAGUGAUACUCCCAUGCGGACAUAUCUUCGGAGCUUCUUGCAUUAGCAAAAGUGCCCAGGCCUCUAUUGACACUGAUACCAUGAUCCGCUGCCCAACUUGCCGGGGUGCGUUCGUCCACCCCAAGUGCGACCACUUCUUUUUUGGGCUCUUGAUGCCCUCAAACAAAUCAGACAUGGGCCUCAUUCCUCCCACCCUCAACAAUGGAGGUGUCCUUGCCGACUACUGCUACCAGUGCGGCGUCAAAAAGACCUUGGAGGAUCUCAACGAAGAGCUCCACAAGAUCCUCACCGAGGAGUCCAGGGGGCGAUUUGUUGUGUCUCUGACGAAAGGGGGUGAGACCUUUCCCCAGCCCUGGAUGGAGGAUUGCCAGGAAGCGCGUGCUCCAGCAACUUUCAGAAGCUUCGUCGCUCGAUAUGACCGACGCUUGGACAAGUAUGAGGGCAGCACGAAGCUCUGGAUCACGCGUUGCCAUGCUGGCACCGCGGUAAGGAUUCGUGACCUGGGACCUCAGGCCCAGUAA